AUGAAAAGUUUUCAAAAAUUAUUAAAAAAUAAUAAAAUCAACAAAGGAAAACAUAAAGCAUCCUCAUCUGAUCAACAACAACAAGCUUCAUUAUCUGAACCUGAUAGAACUCAGCAUUCAGAUCUCACCAACACCGACACCGAUACCGACACCAAUCAAGAUAUAUCAGAUGAACUCAAUCCUUCAUCUGAAGUACUUCAAGGUAUCCCUGAAAACGGCCAAUCUUUUCCACAAAGCUCUACACCUGGAAGGAAUCGUCAAAUUAGCGAAACUCUAAGCUCAAUCACCAACGAAAGUCGACCUGCUUCAAGGGCCUCACGUCUUAGCCAUGGUCGAGGUCCUAUCAUGCCUGAUAGUGACGAUGAAAGUCUAGAUAAUCAUAAUCAACAAGCUCAUUCAGAAACCCGAUUGUUCACGCCCUUUAGGACCAAUUCUAAUUCUCGAUCUCGAAUUUACUCUGCUAUGAAAUCACCAGAUGCGGGUACUCAAAGGAGUAUCAUUUACCGAUCUACGUCUACUCUUUUGACACAUUGUAGCGAUGACAGCUCAAUAAGAAGACGAGCAGUCUCAAGUAGAACCAAACGAUUCUGUGUAGCAUUUUCUCUUUUCACUGUCGCGUUAGCCUUUUUACUCUUUGCAAUCGUUCACAUUUGGAUUGGAAAUCUAGUAUCACAACAAUUAAAAUCGACCGACUCACCCUUGGAUAUGAUCAAGCGUGGGAUUGUGAUCUCGAAGGAACCAGACCAUGUUGCAAUAUCUGGGAUAGAAGAAAAUACUAUUACACUAUCACUAGCGUUUAGAAUGGGUCUCGAUGUACGACAAAGCUUGGGAUGGGAACAUAAAGAUAUGAGAGAUGCGAAUGUCUGGCAGAGGGUCGAAAGUCGCCUGGCCAAGUGGUUUGUGAAUACAUCGCAAAAUGCUCGGGUCAUCAUCUCGAAACCUGUUCAAAUCCGACCUCUGUAUUACUCGAUAGAUCAAAACUUCACCAGCCAGCUUGAUUUAUCUGAAGACAAGAUGAUAGAGGUUGAUCUACCGCCUUUCGAUAUGCCUAUUGGUUAUCCUGUGGAAAAGUCUACAGAAGUGUCUAUAGAUGAAAUUGCAAAGCUGGUACGGUUCCAGUUACCUAUCAAGAUCACAUCCUCCGAAACCCUCAAGAAGACCUUGAUGUCAGCUUGGGAAGACCGUCGCGUGAAUCUCGCUAUCUCUGUCGCAGACGUUCAUGUUCAAAUAGAAUAUGAUCGGUUUCCUUCGAUGUUUCACUCGCUGCUACGAAAGCGUGCCAAUCAUGAUAUCAAAAGCAUUUAUAAGACAGUGACAGUCAACGUUCCCGAGUUACCCCCAAUUCUCGAAAACCCUACUCAGCUUGUUCACAUAGACGGAUACUCGUUCUUCCCUCUGGCCUCAACUGCUGACCCUGAUGAUCCAACUCGUCUAGGAAUCCGCGCCACAGCUUCAAUUCCUAACCCAUUAUCACAAUCUAGAUACUUGUCACAUCUUGACUUGAAUAUGGAUGUCCCAUGGCAAUUUCCACUUCAAGUGUUCCUCAAACUUCCCUCAGAAUCGGAACCGGAAUCAAUUGCUCUCUCCAACUCUGACACGACGCUUAGCAAGACGAACGGUGUUCUUAUGGCAUCGGUGAUGACUGUACCAUUCCGAGUUAACCAAAGCGAAGAACGACUUUCAUUGACCAUCGAAGGCUCACUUGUCAAACAAAUCGAAGAUGGCAAUGCCACCGUUCAGUCAUUAUCCGGCCCUUUGUCUGAGUUCUUAGACCGUUUCUUGAAAGGUCUUUCGACUAAUGUCAGUAUUAGAUACGACAAAGGUCGCAUUGAGCACGAUAACACGGCGCAUCUUUCCAAUCAACCGGUCUCAAUCCAUGCCGCCUAUCCACAAACACAACUCAUACUUGGUGAUAAUGAUGAUGAUAAUAAGGAUCCUCUACCUUCCAAUUCACCACCACCUUUUUUGGAGUCCUUGUUGGCUCCUCUGGAUGUCUUGCUUCCAUUUCCUGGAACCACCGAAACACAAAUCUUACAGAACAUUACCAUCAAAGAUAUGAGUUUCAGUUUAUCUGGAACUACUAUGAUUUGUAGUGGACUCGUUCAUGGUGUCUUAGCACUACCAGCCGAAAUGAGUGGCUUAUCGGAUAUGUUGAAUAUUACUGAAAUCUUUCCAGAAGUGAUAGUAUUUGACGGAGAUUUGCCAUCUGAUGAAGAUCAUCUGAUCGAAGGAGGUCUUGAAGAGAUCACAAGUCGACCAAUACUUUUCUUUGAUCAACAAAUCAAUCGAUUGUUUUCUUCUAAGCGUUACUUGAUCAAAAGAAAUGAAGGAAAAGUCGUCAAUCAAAAGGAUGAUAAAGGACCACCAACACCUGAACCGUAUCCAACAAACGCAUUUGCGAAACUUGUACCACCCAAUUACAUUCCAUCUCAAUUAAUUCAAGAACCAUCACCUGAUAAUCCAACGAAGAAUUUAACGAUCUUGAUUGCAGAAUUAAAAGAUGUACCAUUGACGAUCUUACCCGGUCAAGGAGAUGUGUUUAGAAGAUAUGCAGCUAAAUGGUUGUUUAAUAGAGGUCAAGAAGGUUUGAAAACUAGUGUACGUGGAGAAAGUGAUGCUAGAGCGAUUAUUAAUGGGUUUGGAUCGAUUAAUUUGACUGGUUUACCGGUUCAAGGAACGUUUUUUGUUGGUGCUAAAACAUAAAAAAGUCAAUUAUUUUUAUAAGGUUUUUAUACAAGCAAUCUUUAUCUUCCUCUUUUCUCUCUUGUUUUCUACUUUGUGUUAAAUAUAUAUAUACAUUUAUUCAAUUUGUGAAAGUCUCUUGUUUGAAAUCGAAAAAAAACUUGUUGUACUCAAUGAUCAUCAUAAUAAAACUAUAUACUUCAAAUAAUAUUUGUAAAUCUCCAAAUUUGUACAAAGUUAUGUGUAUGUUUGUUGUUCUUUUUCAUUUGUUUUUUUUUGUAAUUGAAUGUAUCUCUCUACUCUUUUUUUUUCUUAGUUUCUCUUUUGAUUAACUUUUUUUUGUAAAUGAUGAUUUUUUUUGUUGACAUUUUGUAGGUUUUGAAUUUAUAUCUUUGAUUUACAUAUCUUC